AUGUCUGAUGUGGCAGAGUUGCCAUCUGGCAUUGACAUGGAAAUCGAGUCUCUUAGACUCGAUUUCCACGUGUAUUCCAACCGGAAAUCGAAUGACAUUGUUGCUUGGAUAGUGCAUAUUGUUGCUGCCAUCCUUAAGAGUUUCCAAAUUUCUGCCUUCAGUAUGGCUGCUGCAAAUGCUGGACGCAUUGACUAUACACAGCCUGGACCCAUUGACGACUCGGUGUUGUCACAGCAGGCGACGCAUCGGUCCGAAGCUAUUUGGAAUGGGCGGGAUCCAGGGUCCAUUACCUGCCGUAGUCGUAGUUCAGAGUUCUCCAAGCAACCUCCAAUGGUGGACGACCGAGUGAGGAACAUCAUCACCACAGUUGGUUUAGAGGGACUCCUGUGGGUCCCGGGUAGAGAGAUUGACAAUGGCCUCAUAACGGCCUUAGUGGAGCGAUGGCGGCCCGAGACUCACACCUUUCACAUGCCACAUGGUGAGGUGACCAUCACAUUGCAGGAUGUGGAGGUUCUUCUCGGGCUUCCUGUUGAUGGUGAGGCUAUAACAGGGAGCACACAAAAAACUUGGGUGGAUGUGUGCCGGGACUUCCUUGGCUUUCGACCUGUAACUCAAAACAACCAUAAGCAACUUGAUGGGCAGAGGAUUCUCAUCAACCGCCUUUUGGAGGAAGUUGCUAACCCAUUGCCGCCUGAUGCUGAAGAGGAUCAGCUGCAUAAGUACGCACGAUGCUACAUCCUAGCGCUAUUGGGGGACACAAUAUUCAUGGACAAAUCCGGCGAUAGGGUGCAUCUAAUGUGGGUGCAGCAGUUGGAAGACCUUCACAACCCACGGAGGUACAGUUGGGGAAGUGCUUGCCUUGCAUGGUUGUAUCGAGAGCUAUGCAGGGCAAGCGAGGACACCAGUCAGAUUGGUGGGUGCUUGCUGUUGCUCCAGUACUGGGCAUGGGCCAGGUUCCCCUAUUUGUGCCCGACUGUUGAGCGAGGCCCGCCAGUGGGUGCUUACGGUCCUCCAAUACGUGGUCCACUAUCCCUGAAGUAA